CGCGAAGGAAUUGUAAGUAAAAUUUUUUUUAGUAAAUUUUUGUACACAAGAAGUUGUCGAUUUAUUUUAUUCGAGAAACUUGCGCGAACAAAAGGAUGAUUUUUGAUCUCCGCAAGUUAUAUGUGCGACACACAACACAUUGGAAGAUUUUAUGUUCGUUACGGAGUGUGUGAUGUGAAAAGUGAGUUAUAAGAGUGGCGGGCCACCGCGUCGAUCAAUAUAAAAGUCUGUCGAGGGUGCAAAGUUCCUCGAGCUCUCUUUGUGGUUUUUCGCUACAACACACAGAAACGGUGACUAAUCGCGAGUGCGGUGGAACGAGAUAAAAGCAACUUUGAAAUUUGAUGUUGGUAAUGAAAGAAAGUUUAGUUUUGCAAAAAAAACUCUUCCGCCUCGACGAACGGCCAAAUUGAAUGUAGGAACAACGCGCUUUCUCUGAGCGUAUUUUGUGUGAUGUAUCGGUCGACGGAAUUAGUAGACGAUGAUCUUGAAUUGCCAUGGGACGAAACAUAUUGAGGAUCUUGUUGCUCCUCUGUUGCAUGCUGCAAUUGCAUGUCGGACAGCUAAUUCGAGACACACGAUGCUUCUUGGAAAAUGGGGCCACCGCGGUGCAUCUGUUUGUCAGCGAGGAUCUGCCGGUCGGCGACAUCGUCGGGGUUCUCGGAGUUGUAGGUGAUCCUAGUUCGCAGGGUGACAUUGUGCUAAGCCUGCAGGAACUCGAUAGCCCAGUCGCAUUCUUGCCAUACACGAAAAAUUUAACUCUGGUCAGACCGCUCGACAAGGAAGGCAUCGACGGGCCAGCUAGCGUCUACGUCAACGUCAUUUGCGACAGACGACAGCACACUUUGGACCCGGGAUUCAUCAUACCGGUGAACAUACGGGUGAUAGACGCGAAUGAUAACUCGCCUCAAUUCAUUAACGCGCCUUACGUGUUGAAUAUUUCCGAGGUCACCGUUAACGGUACGAGAGUUCUGCAAGGAGUCCGAGCUGUCGAUGCGGAUCAACCAGGACCGUACUCAACUGUGCAGUAUGCAGUUCUGCCGGGACCUCAUUCGGAUUAUUUCUAUUUCGUGAGUGCUAUAGAAGGUACUCUUGUGCUAAGAAAACCGCUGGAUUAUGAAAGCCUCAGCAAUUUCUCUAUUCAUAUUCGUGCUCAAGAUCAAGGUAAUCCACCGCGAUCGUCGACGACGACGUUGUACGUCAACGUUAUCGACGCUGACGAUCAGAAUCCAGUGUUUUCGAACGACGAAUACAAAGUCAUUGUACCUCAUCGCGUGAAGGAGAGGAGAAAGUUACGAGUUAUGCCUGAUGCGAUAAAGGCCGUGGAUCAAGAUCGCGGCAUAAAUGCGCCAGUUCGAUAUUUUUUUAAAGCCGAAACCUUACCCUUUUUGAAUUUAAACGUCGACACCGCUGAAAUAGUGAUGUUGCGAUCACUUCAGGAUCAUGAAUUACUGAUUCCCACGACUACGGUUAUCAAGGCUGUUCAAGUGGACAAUCCAGACAGAUACGCUUUCGCCACGGUUGUCGUGUCGCGAGAAAAUAGCUACGGAGUUGAUCCGACAGCAGGUGGUCGAGUGCCCGUGAAAUUCGUGCUGAAGGAACAUUACACGAACGUGCCGGAGGACACAAAACCCGAGAGCGUUCUGUUAACAACGAGAGUGAACAAACCUGAUCCUAAUUUAAAAUUCUGGCUGAGCGCGGAGGCGGACAAGAGAUUCUCGAUCACCAAUAACGGCCAGUUGAUCCUCAAAGACAAUUUGGAUUACGAGAAGUCGAUCCAGCACAGUUUUCGCGUUCACGUUACAGACGGGUAUAACAAUGACACGGCGCACGUGAACAUUUUGGUCGAAAAUGUGAACGACUGGGAACCUCGAUUUUCUCACUCCUCCUACGACUUUCCCGUUCACUCUGCGAGAGAAGGUUCCGUCGUCGGACAAGUGGUGGUGUACGAUGGCGACAGAGGUGACAAUGUUAGUUUAUCGCUUCGAGGACGAGACGCGAGAUUCUUCGAGAUCAAAGACAACGGAGAAUUGGUGCUAAAAUCGCUGGGUUCAUUUAACGGAUCUUCCGCUCGAUUUAUGGUGAUAGCUUCCGACAACGGAACGCCGCCCAAAUCUCGCAUGGUCCCGGUGACCGUUUACCUACCAAAUAACGCUUUGAUAGCUGCGAGAGCCGCACCUGCUUGGCUCGGAAGCAGCGUGUUACUGGUUGCUAUCUUCGGCGCGGUUUUGGGACUUCUCGGUGUUGUCAUAUUGAUUCUCAUACUUUACAUCUACAAGCACAAAAGGCCUAAAAGUGGUGGUUCCGUCAGUUCGGUGGGGACGGGAUAUUGCGAGAAAUCACCGGUUCCUUCGGCUCUAAGCCCGACGCCGCAAGUGCUAGGUGCUAACGUUCUUCAAGACACUUUGGAAAAUCCGCGAAAUCGACGUCACCCGAGCAACAGCAACGAGAACGACAAUUCCGAAAGCCGCAACGACAUUGACAAUCCUGUUUUCGGAGAAACUAACGAGAACUCAUACGGUGCUACAAUCAAGAGUAUAGCAUCGGCGAGACAAUUGCCGUUGUACGCUCGACACAAAGUGGCGCCCGCUCCAAAUCCGCCAGCUUUGUCGGCCACGUCAAACAUUCCGAAUAUUGGCGGAUUGGUGCAGAACAUGAACGAUCUGAGUGCUAGAACCAAUCUGGACGCCGGUUCUCACGAUUCCUCUAAUUAUUCGGGAGAACCGCCGGAUUCUCUUGCGCCAACGUGGCCCGCUGGCUCGGCUCUCCCAAGGAUCAAAAAGUUGUCCUGGGAUGAUGACGAUAGGACCGUGGACAGCGUCGAGGUCGCAGCGGAAACGCGUACGGGAGACAAUCAACAAUCUGGUAACGAGAGGCUCAAUCUCACCGUUUAUUUCUAAACACAAUCGAUUAUUCCGUGACACGUGACGAAAUGUUUCAAUCUCUCGAAACAACGGAAGAUUGUCGCGUAAGCGCUGUCUGAUUUGUUUUGCUGAAAAAAAAAAAAGUCAUUAAUGUCGCAAUUCGUUCUGAAUGAACUGUGUGUGUGGUGCCGACCAGGUUGCGAUGUGACCUUAGACGCGUAUUCGGUCCAUGAAACAUCUGUGUUAUCCUGCGUAUAUAUAUAUAUCCCGCGCGUUAUAGCGUUACGUACGUACCUCACGAGUCAUCUCGUCGUAUGAAUUAUGUUAUCUGUCCGACGUGACAUCGAUCUUCCAUUGUUAGAGAAGUGUAAUUAUCGAUAAAAUAUGACAAAAGUUUAACUUUUGUCUCUCGAAUUUUUCUCUAAACAGAUAAAUUUAAGCCAAUGCGAUGAUAAAUUCGUCGAAAAUUAACAUUUAAAGCUCAAAGAUUGCAAACUGCAAUUUUCGCUUGAACUUUAUUGUUGCGAGAAAACGUGUAUAAUAGCGAAGAUAAUCGUCCCUAUCAUUAAGCGAUCGAUAAAGUUGUCGCGUUCGCACUUUGUUAAAGACGAUGGUACGAAUACGUAUGUACACCUGUGGGAGAACUGUGUCAGUAGGCCGAUCUUGGCAAGUAUUUGCACAACGACGACUAAAUGAAUAUCUUUCAUUUACGUGAGGCUUGGAAAUUAGCAAAACCGCAACUUUCGAGAGCAACGUGAAAUAAUGUCAGAUUGUAAAAUCAUUCCGAGAGAGGCGAAAUGUGACAAAUCAAUUUUCGAAAAUAUAUUAUUUUUCAAUAUUUAUCUCGAAUUUUUGAGUGAUUUUUUAUUU